CUUUAACUUCACACACAUAACCGUAAGGAUGGUUCAAUCCGCCGUUCUGGGUUUCCCCCGUAUGGGAAAGCUCCGUGAUCUCAAGAAGGCCACUGAAGCUUACUGGAGUGACAAGAUCUCCCGCGAGGAGCUUCUGAGCGAGGGAAAGAGACUCCGUUUGGAGCACUGGAAGAUCCAGAAGGCUGCUGGUGUCGAUAUCAUCCCCAGCAAUGACUUUGCCUUCUACGAUCAUGUCCUCGACCACAUUCAGAUGUUCGGUGUCGUCCCCGAGCGUUACACCAAGUACGGUCUCGACCCCCUUGAUGAAUACUUCGCCAUGGGAAGAGGUCUCCAGAAGCCCGCCAAGGAUGGCCAGGCUGCCAUUGACGUUCCUGCCUUGGAAAUGGUCAAGUGGUUUGACUCCAACUACCACUACGUCAAGCCCACUCUGCAGGACAAUCAGACCUUCAAGCUUACUGCCAACCCUAAGCCCAUUGUUCAGUACCUCGAGGCUAAGGAGGCUGGCAUCAUCACCCGCCCCGUCAUCCUGGGUCCCGUCUCCUUCUUGACCCUCGCCAAGGCUGACCGUGGUCAGUCCGUUGACCCCAUCACCAAGAUUGGCGAGCUCCUCCCCGUCUACGUUGAGCUCCUGACCAAGCUCAAGCAGGCUGGUGUUGAGGACGUUCAGAUUGAUGAACCUGUCCUCGUCUUUGACCUCCCCCCCAAGUCCAAGGCUGCUUUCAAGCCCGUCUACGAGAAGCUCGGCUCCCUUGGUGCUCAGGCUCCUCGUAUUGUUCUCGCCACCUACUUCGGUGACAUCGUCCACAACAUUGAUGUCCUCCCUGCUCUCCACAACCUCCAUGGUAUUCACGUUGAUCUGGUGCGCAACCCUGAGCAACUCAACACUGUUGUCGCUGCUCUCGGUCCUAACCAGGUUCUGUCUGCUGGUGUUGUUGACGGCCGUAACAUCUGGAAGACCAACUUCAAGACCGCUAUUGCGAAGGUCGAACUGGCCAUCCAGAGGCUCGGCAAGGAGCGUGUGAUUGUCUCCACCUCCAGCUCUCUCCUCCACGUUCCUCACACUCUCGCCAGCGAGAAGAACCUCGACCCUGAGGUCCACGACUGGUUCAGCUUUGCCGUCGAGAAGACUAGCGAAGUUGUUCUGAUUGCCAAGGCUGUCACUGAGGGUGCUGCUGCUGUCAACGAGCAGCUCGUCGCCAACGAAAACUCCAUCAAUGCUCGUACCUCGUCUAAGCGUACCAACGACCCUAAGGUCAAGGAGCGCCAGGCUGCUGUUACCGAAGACAUGCACGUACGCAAAUCUGUCUUCGAGGUCCGUAUCAAGGAGCAGACCAAGUCUCUCAACCUCCCUCUCUUCCCUACCACCACCAUCGGUUCCUUCCCCCAGACCAAGGAGAUCCGUAUCCAGCGUAACAAGUUCACCAAGGGUGAAAUCACUGCUGAGGAAUACGAGAAGUUCAUCGAACAGGAAAUCGCCUAUGUCGUCAAGACCCAGGAGGAUCUUGGCCUCGACGUCCUGGUUCACGGUGAGCCUGAGCGUAACGACAUGGUCCAGUACUUCGGUGAACGUCUCACCGGUUACGUCUUCACCACCCACGCUUGGGUCCAGAGUUACGGAUCUCGUUGCGUGCGUCCUCCCAUCAUUGUCGGUGACAUCUCUCGUCCUGCUCCUAUGACCGUCAAGGAGUCCAAGUACGCCGUCUCCAUCUCUUCCAAGCCCAUGAAGGGUAUGCUUACUGGGCCCAUCACCUGUCUGCGCUGGUCCUUCCCCCGUGAUGAUAUCCCCCAGGAGGACCAAGCUCAACAGCUCGCUCUUGCCCUGCGUGACGAGGUUGUUGACCUUGAGGCUGCCGGUGUCAAGGUCAUCCAGGUCGAUGAGCCCGCUCUCCGUGAAGGCCUCCCUCUCCGUAAGGGCGCUGCGCGUGAUGCCUACCUCAACUGGGCCGUGAAAGCUUUCUGUCUGUCCACCAGCGGUGUUGCCGACGGCACUCAGAUCCACUCGCACUUCUGUUACUCUGAGUUCCAGGACUUCUUCCACGCCAUUGCCGCUCUGGAUGCCGAUGUUCUGAGCAUUGAGAACAGCAAGUCUGAUGCCAAGCUGCUCAAGGUCUUUGAAGAGGAAUACCCCCGCCACAUUGGUCCCGGUGUCUAUGACAUCCACUCUCCUCGUGUUCCCAGUGAGCAGGAGAUCAAGGACCGCAUCGAUGAGAUGCUUAACUACCUGAAAGUUGGUCAGCUCUGGAUCAACCCUGAUUGCGGUCUGAAGACCCGCCAGUGGCCCGAGACCAAGGCUGCUCUGACCAACAUGGUCAACGCUGCCAAGUUCUUCCGCCAGCGAGAGUCUGCUAAAUAAACAACUGAAACAUAACAUUACCUUAAUACAAACCCAAGGUGGGGGCGACAUUGUCAACCUGUCGUCUCGAUUCGGAAACGAGUUGUGAAAAUUUCGUUUUUUUU